GCAACGUCAGCACGGCCUGAUUAUUAUUCAUGAGCUCAGCUGUAGCUCUGCUGUCUCUUGUACGGGUAAUUGUCCUGCUAUGGCGAUGCUUGUCUCAGUAUGAUCUCCGCGCGGAACAAAGACGAAAUUGUGCGAUUCUACACGGUCACCGACCCUACGACACACAAGAAAGGCUACACGGUGUAUAAAGUCACGGCCCGGAUUAUCUCACGUAAGAACCCAGAGGACAUUCAGGAGAUCACAGUGUGGAAAAGGUAUAGUGAUUUCAAAAAGCUUCAUCAAGACCUUUGGCAGAUACACCGAAACCUCUUUGGGCAGUCAGAGCUCUUUCCACCCUUUGCUAAAGCUAAAGUCUUUGGUCGUUUUGAUGAUUCUGUGAUUGAAAAGAGAAGACAGUGCUCAGAGGAUUUGCUGCAGUUCAGUGCUAAUAUUCCUGCUCUGUAUGGCAGCCAAUACUUACAGGAUUUCUUUAAGGGUGGUGAGGUGCAAGACAGCUCUGAGCUCAUUGGGCCAGCUGAGCCCUUCUCAGAUUUUCUAGCUGACAGUGUCUUAGAUAGCAGCUCUGAAGGUAAAUUCUUCAUUAAAGUUUUUGUGGAUGAUUUAUUAGUGGCCAACCCAUCUGAACAUGAGCGUGGCAGUGGUUACAGUGAGCUGAAUUCUCUUGAGGUUGAUGGAGACUCUCUGGCUGCUGUGGGUGAUGGAAUGGCAUCAGGCAGCAUCAAGCACUCAGCAACACAAAGCAACUCGUCUCCCAUCCCACAGCCAGUGACGUCCCCAAGCCGGGUGGGAGUAGAGUCCAGUCAUACCAGUGGGAAUUUGAGCUUUGCCUCCAGUCUCAGGAACUCCACAGAGAAGGAGGACUACCUGGAAAAGGCCAGUGAGCUGAUCGCUCUAGCUGUCCAGAAAGAGGUAGAGCAGGAAUUUGCAGUGGCAUUUUCCUACUAUCGUAGAGGUGUGGAUCUUCUGCUGCAGGGUGUACAAGGAGAGGCGAGCCCCAGCAGAAGGGAGGCUGUGAAGAGAAAGACGGCAGAAUAUCUGAUGCGUGCUGAGCUAAUUUCUGCACAGCUCAAGGACAGCAUGGGCCAAAGCUCCACUCAAAGCAGGGCAUUGGGCUCGCAGUGCUGUGGUGGCUCAUGGUCAGAGCAGACUUACACUGAUGAGCUGAAGCACUACAGAGUUCUGGGUGUUAUUGAUAAGGUGCUGUUGGUGAUGGAUAAGAGAACGCAGGAAACUUUUAUUUUGAAAGGUUUAAGGAAAAGCAGUGCGUGUGGGCGUGUUAAGAAGACUGUUGUGCCUCGUUCUGUGCCUAACAUGGUACAACUGGAGAAAUACAUCAUCUCAGAGGAUUCCAUCUUUCUUUUACUUGAGUAUGCUGAGGGUGGUAAAUUGUGGACUCAUAUCUGCAAGUAUCUGCAUGGCAGCAGUCCUGACGAAAGCUUCAACAUACCUUUCAUCCAGAAAACUCACUCUUCAGCUAUACAUUCAACCCUGAACCCUGUGCCCACCUGUUCCAGCAGUGUGGAUUCUCGGGGUCUUAGCAUUGGGGAGCGUCCAUUAGAAGCCCAACUGCCAGACUCUGGUGCCACCUCUGAGGAGGAAUGCACUAACAGCUACUUGACACUGUGCAAUGAGUAUGAGCAGGAGAAGCUGGAGCCGGAGGAAGACCACUGCACACUUAUUCCUGUGGAAACAGAAAAGCAUACAUGUUCAGGGUUAAACACUGAUAGUCUAUGCUCUCCGAUUUCAAUGCAGGAGCUGUGCUUCUUCACUGAGGAGGAUCAACUGGCUGGCUUUAUGGAUCAAUGCACAUGUUCACCCGACCAUCUGAACCAAUCACCGCCCAAGGAGGAGCUCUCUUACAGUGACAGUCAAGAUGUCUGCAAGCCACUGUUGGUACCUCAGGAUGCUGGUAUAGAGGUCACAGAGGAGCCACUGGAAAAUCUACAGGAAGUGUCAGAUCUCUGGAGGUCUGACAGUGAUCAAUGCUCAAAUGAGUUGGUGCCAGUAAUUUCCUUUAAAGAGGCUGUUUUGGAGGAUGCCAAUGUCAGCUGUGCUGUUGAGGGACAGCCACCUGAUCUUUUGGUCAAUCUGCCUACACUCGAUGGGGGCACAGUAGACGUGUUAGAGGAAGAGCUUACUGCUGGAGGCAGCGCUUUCACUGUUGUAACAACAACCUCUCCCACAUUUGGCAGGCCAGAUGUUCUACAGAGAGGAGAGAAAGCAGAGUUGGACCUCUCUGUUGAUGUGUCCACCCUUCCACUUCUACACAAACCAUCAAAAAUGCCUUUUAAAGCAGAUUUUUUGAGUCUGUCUUCCCCUAAGCUUUCUGGCAUGGUGGACACAUCUGUUUCCAGAACUCAGAAGAACUUUGUUGAGCAUGAAGAUGUGGAGUUGGGGACAGAGGGCACUUCAGGAGAGCAGGAGGUUGAGAAAGUGUCGAAGUUGUUUCAAGAGCUGGAUAAGUUGGCUGCUGUUUCAUUGGACACACACAUCCCAGAGGCUCUGGUGAGGAGCUGGGCUGCUGAUAUGGUUGUGGCUCUGGAUGCACUGCAUCAGGAGGGAAUCAUAUGCCGAGACCUGAACCCCUACAGCAUUGUUAUUGGUGAUACUGGUCGUGUGCAGCUGACCUAUUUCUGCAGCUGGAGUGAUGUAGAGGAAUCAUGUGACCCUAAUGCCUUCUCUAAGAUGUACUGCGCACCAGAAGUGGGCGGAAUCUGUGAAGAGACGCUAGCGUGUGAUUGGUGGAGUUUGGGAGCCCUUUUAUUUGAGCUCAUAGUUGGAAAGUCUCUCUAUCAGUGUCAUCCUGCUGGCAUUGGUAGACACUCAUCCCUGAACAUCCCAGAGUUUGUGUCGGAGGAGGCUCGCUCUCUGCUGGAACAGUUGUUGCAAUAUAAUCCAGUUGAGCGGCUUGGAGCGGGAGUAGGUGGUGUGGAGGAUAUUAAGUCUCAUCCUUUCUUUUCUCAUGUGAACUGGACUAAUUAAACUAUCAGAUGCAUUACUAGAAUGAGAUGAAAGAUCUGUCUGAAAUCAGUCUAUAUGUACAAAAACAAUGUCAUAAAUGCUGCAGGACACAUUUAUUUUAGACAUACUCUUACCUACAAAUAUCCAAAGCUCACUGUCAGUUGUGAGGAAGUCUCUAGCAGUGAGAGGAUUAGCGAUUCAAAUUCAAGAGUCACUUGAGAGUUUGAGGAUGUUUCCUGUUCAUAUCAUAAUGUGGUUCCCAAACCUGGUCCUGGAGUUCCUCCAACCCAACACAUUUUGGAUGUCUCCCAGGUGAAAAAAAAAGUACAUUUCUAUAAUGUACUUAAAGUGCUCUAUUUUUGCACACUCAUUUUGUACUUAAUAUACUAAAAAUUCUUCUUUUUUUAUCAAUAUAUUUAUUAUUUUCACAUGAAUAACUUACAGAAUCAAUUCAGUAUACAAGUAAAAAAGUUUUUUAACCACCCCUUUCCCACCCCUCAAUAGACAGAACACUUAUUAUGGACAUUAUGACAAGGCCUUGAGAUGAUGUGUAAGAAAGAAGAGAGAGAGACAAAAAAUUUAUUAAAAUAAAUAAAUAAAUAAAUAAAAUAAAUAAUAAUAAAAAUAAUAGGUUACAGUAAAGAAGUUACAUUAUAGCAUCUGCAUUUUCAAUCAAUGUAACAUCCACAUUAUUCAUAUAUUCAACAAAUUUGCCCCAAAUCUUGUGGAGGCCCCGUUUUUUUUUCUUUUUUUUUUCUCAAAUUAAACAUUAUUUUUUCAACAGGAACAUAGGAUGAAAGUUUUUUUUAAGCCAUACAGUAUGGCUGGGGGGUUCUUCUGAUUCCCACUGUAUAGCUAUACAUUUCUUUGCUGCUAUCAGAGCCAUCUCAGAUUCAUCCCCCAAUAAUAUAAAUCUCGGAUCAAAUGAAAGCUUAACAUUAACGAUUUUGUCAAUAGUUUGUAUUAUCUUUCUCCAAUAGGUUUCAAGUUCCAAACAAGUCCAAAACAUAUGCAAUAAUGUACCAACUUAUGUUUUACAUCUAGGACAACAUUCUGAUUAUGAAUCACUUAUCUUGUGUAAUCUUUCAGGUGUAUAAUAUACCCUGUGUAUAAUAUUAAACUGUAUUAAUCUGUGUCUACAGUUAUAAGAAAAUGUUAAAGCAUUUUUACAGAUGAAUUCCUAAGUAUCUUGUUCAAAAGUACAUUCUAGGUCUUUUUCCCAUUUAAGUCUAGAAGGUAAUACAUCCUCUCCAUACAGAUCAGUGAGGUUGGUAUACAUAUAAGACACAAAACCUUUGGACCCUCUUUUCUCUCUUAUAAUAUUGUCUAUUGAAAGUUAGGACAGGGGCCUUAAAUUACCUCCUUGUAAUUUAGUAAUAUAUUGAAAAUAUUUAAAGAAAUUUGAAAAUAUUUAAAGAAAUGUUUUACAGGAAGAGAAAACUUUGUUCUCAAUUGUUCAAAUGUCAAAAGUAUGUCCUCCUCAUACAAAUCUUCAAACAAUUGAAUACCCUUUUUAUACCAAUAUUGUGUCAUCCCAUCUCUUAGUAUCUCAGGAAGAGCUGGGUUAUUAUGAAAUGGAGUAUUAUUAUAUAAUGGUAAUAGCCAUUUAUAUUUUUUCUUGAUCUCAAAACCCAGUUUACAAGUGUGUCUAAUGAAUGGGUUAUUAACCUCUCUUAUAACAUAGGAGAGGGGAAUGAAUAAAGCCUUGUCUAGAGGUAUUUCUCCUUCAUGAUAUUUUUCAAUUUGUAUCCAUGCAGGUGGAGCUGUACUAUUCAUCUGUCAGAACCAUACCGCUAUCAUUUGUGCUACCCAGAAAUAAAGCAUAAAAUCUGGGAGUUGUAAUCAACCUUUUUUUAAAGGCCAUAUGUAGUGUCUUAAGUUUAACCCUUGGAGUUUUAUUAUUCCAAAUAAAUUUUCUAAUCGAGCUAUUAAGAUUAUUAAAAAACUUUUGUGGAACGGAAAUCGGAAGAGUUUGAAAUAUAACAAUUUAGAAAGAACAUUCAUUUUUAUACAAUUUAUCCUGCCAGUUAGUGAUAUCGGUAGUGAGUUCCAUCUUUCCAGGUCUCUUCUUACCUUUUUAAGUAGUGGGGAGUAAUUCAAAGAAUAUGCUUCCUCCAACUUCGAAUAUUCAACCCUAAAUAAUCUUUUCUGUAUUCCAUGAAAAAGGGAUGUUAUUUAAAGGCAUUUUCUCCGCAGCCAAAUUUAAUGGCAUCAUAACACUUUUGUUUAUAUUGAUUUUGUAACCAGAUAUUUCUCUGAAAUUUUCCAGUAAUUGAGAUAAGUUAGGCAGAGAUGAUUCUGGGUUAGUAAGAUAUAACAUUACGUCAUUCGCGUACAGUGAUAUUUUGUGUACAUAGCCUCCUAUCUCUAGCCCAGAAAUUGCCUCUUGUGCUUGUAUUGCAAUGGCCAGGGGUUCCACUGCUAAUGCAAAAAGUAACAGAGACAGAGGACAUCCCCGUCUAGUUCAUCUUGACAAAUUAAAGUGCGAAGAUAAAUCAGAGUUAGUACGGAUGGUUGCUGAUUUAGGACCGAAAUUCAUUUUUU